UUGCUUGUUCUUUUUGCAUUUCCUCUGUGUGUUUCCUGCAAAUGCCAGGCUGAAUUGCAACCCUUAAAAGUGCUUGUUCUUCCUGCUGCUGGAAGAGGAUCAGGCCAGCUGCUUGCAUUUUGGAGGAAAGAAAUAAUUAAAGAACCAAAUCGAAUUGGAGGUGGAGAGGGAAAAAAAGAGGAAGGAAUUUGUUUACUAUCUUUCUGGUAGAAGGAGAUCCUGCUGGGUCUAUGCAGAGUCUCUUAAAGAAGCACUCCGCAAUGCAUCUGCCAUCAGAUAACGCAAAAAAUGAAAAAACAGGCUUGAAUUGAAAACAGCACCUCUGAAGGCUUGUCAUCCCUUCACCAUGCUGGACUUCCUAGCUGAAAAUAAUCACUGUGGGCAGGCCAUUCUGAGGAUCGUCUCUUGUGGAAAUGCAAUAAUCGCAGAAUUUCUGAGACUGUCAGAAUUUAUUCCAAGCGUGUUCCGACUCAGAGAUAAAGCCGAUCAGCAGAAAUAUGGGGAUAUCAUAUUUGAUUUCAGCUACUUCAAGGGGCCUGAGAUAUGUGAAGGAAAAUUAGAAGCCAAACCUGACCUCCAGGACCUAGAUGAUGAAUUUCGUGAAAAUAACAUUGAAAUCUUGACAAGAUUUUAUCAAGCAUUCCAAAGCGUCCAUAAAUAUAUAGUGGAUUUAAACAGAUACCUGGAUGACCUCAAUGAAGGAGUUUAUAUCCAGCAAACCUUAGAAACUGUGCUCCUUAAUGAGGAUGGCAAACAACUAUUGUGCGAAGCCCUCUACUUGUAUGGGGUCAUGCUGUUGGUCAUUGAUCAGAAAAUUGAAGGAGAGGUCCGGGAGAGAAUGCUCGUUUCCUACUACAGAUACAGUGCUGCCCGCUCUGCUGAUUCCAACAUCGAUGACAUCUGUAAGCUGUUUCGGAGCACGGGGUAUUCAAGCCAAACAGGAGCAAAGAGGCCUCCCAAUUACCCUGAGAGUUACUUCAGCCGGGUGCCCAUAAACGAAACCUUCAUCAGCAUGGUUAUUGGCCGCUUGAGGUCGGAUGACAUAUAUAACCAAGUUUCUGCAUAUCCGUUACCAGAACACCGUAGCACUGCUCUUGCUACUCAGGCCGCCAUGCUGUAUGUGACACUUUACUUCGAUGCAUCCAUUCUACACACGCAGCAAGCAAAAAUGAGAGAAAUAGUGGAUAAAUAUUUUCCAGACAACUGGGUUAUCAGCAUUUAUAUGGGGAUAUCGGUCAAUCUGGCAGAAGCUUGGGAACCUUACAAAGCAGCCAAAACUGCUCUAAACUACACAUUGGAUCUUUCCAAUGUCAAGGAACAGGCCAGCCGGUCUGCUGCGGUCACAGCACGUGUCCACACUCAGGUCCAGCAGUUUCUGAAGGAAGGCUGCUUGAGAGAGGAGCUGGUGCUGGACAACAUCCCCAAGCUGCUCAACUGCCUGAGGGACUGCAACGUGGCCAUCCGAUGGCUGAUGCUCCAUACAGCUGAUUUGGGUUAUGAUCCCAAUAACAAGCGUCUUCGGCAAAUAAAAGACCAAGUAUUAACAGAUUCCAAGUACAACUCCAAGAUACUUUUCCAGCUUCUCCUGGAUACAGCACAAUUUGAAUUCAUAUUGAAAGAGAUGUUCAAGCAGAUGUUAUCAGAAAAGCAAUCCAAAUGGGAAAGCUACAGAAAAGAAGGAUCAGAAAGGAUGGCUGAACUGGCAGACGUCUUUUCAGGUGUUAAGCCUCUAACAAGAGUGGAGAAAAAUGAAAACCUACAAGCUUGGUUCAGAGAAAUCUCCAAACAGAUCAUGUCUUUAAACUAUGAGGACUCCACUGCCGCAGGAAGGAAGACGGUGCAACUAAUACAAGCAUUGGAGGAGGUUCAAGAAUUCCACCAACUGGAGUCCAACCUGCAAGUUUGCCAAUUCCUGGCUGAUUCUCGGAAGUUCCUUCAUCAGAUGAUCCGCACCAUCAACAUUAAAGAAGAGGUUUUGAUCACCAUGCAGAUUGUUGGUGACCUUUCCUACGCCUGGCAGCUAAUUGACAGUUUCACAUCUAUCAUGCAAGAAAGCAUCAGGGCUAACCCAUCCAUGGUAACCAAACUCAGAGCUACAUUUUUAAAGCUGGCUUCUGCUCUUGAUAUGCCACUGCUCCGUAUCAAUCAAGCAAACAGCCCCGACCUUCUCAGCGUAUCACAGUAUUAUUCUGGAGAACUGGUCUCCUAUGUGAGAAAGGUUUUGCAGAUCAUCCCAGAAAGCAUGUUUACCUCCCUUCUUAAGAUCAUAAAGCUGCAGACGCACAAUAUAAUUGAAGUGCCCACCCGCCUGGACAAAGACAAAUUGAGGGAUUAUGCCCAGCUUGGGCCGCGAUACGAGGUUGCGAAGCUCACACAUGCAAUUUCAAUUUUCACGGAAGGCAUCCUGAUGAUGAAAACAACACUGGUUGGGAUCAUUAAGGUGGACCCAAAGCAACUGCUAGAAGAUGGAAUAAGGAAGGAGCUGGUGAAACGGGUGGCCCUCGCUCUGCACAGAGGUCUUAUGUUCAACCCCAAAGCCAAGCCCAGUGAACUCAUGCCCAGGUUAAAAGACAUGGCAGCCACCAUGGAUGGAUUCCAUCGUUCUUUUGAGUACAUACAGGAUUACGUCAACAUUUAUGGCUUAAAAAUCUGGCAAGAAGAAGUGUCACGAAUCAUCAACUACAGCGUGGAGCAGGAGUGCAAUAACUUCUUAAGGACCAAGAUUCAAGAUUGGCAAAGCAUAUACCAGUCUACCCAUAUCCCAAUACCCAAAUUUGCACCUGUGGAUGAAUCUGUGACAUUUAUUGGCCGUCUCUGCCGAGAGAUUCUCAGGAUUACCGAUCCAAAAGUUGCCUGUUAUAUUGACCAACUGAACACCUGGUAUGACAUGAAAACCCAUCAGGAAGUAUCCAGCAGCCGCCUCUUUUCCGAGAUCCAGGACACUUUGGGCACCUUUGGCCUGAAUGGUUUGGAUAGGCUUCUCUGCUUCAUGAUUGUGAAGGAACUUCAGAAUUUCCUCCGCAUGUUUCAGAAAACUGUGAUGCACGACAAAGGAGUGCAUGAGGCACUGAAAUCCCUUAUGAAGUCUGUCAGCCCUCUCAAGGGAAUUGUGGCCAAUUGUGUCAAAGUGUAUUCUGCAGCCAUUGCCAAAACUCAGAAGAUAUGGGCCGCUUACCUUGAUGCGAUCAUGAAGGUUGGACAGAUGCAGAUUUUAAGGCGCCAGAUAGCCAAUGAGCUUAAUUAUUCCUGCCGAUUCGACUCCAAACAUUUAGCAGCCGCUUUAGAAAACCUGAAUACGGCAAUCCUGGCCGACAUAGAAGCUCACUAUCAGGACCCAUCUCUGCCUUGCCCUAAAGAGGACAACACCCUUCUGUAUGAGAUCACAGCCUACCUGGAGGCCGCCGGCAUUCACAACCCAUUGAAUAAGAUCUACAUAACCACAAAGCGAUUGCCGUAUUUCCCCAUUGUGAAUUUUCUCUUCCUGAUAUCCCAGUUGCCGAAACUUCAGUACAGUAAGAACCUAGGGAUGGUGUGCAAGAAGCCAGCAGAUCCAAUUGACUGGCCUCCUUUGGUGCUUGGGCUGCUCACUCUGCUGAAACAGUUCCAUUCGCGAUACACUGAGCAGUUUCUGGCUCUAAUUGGUCAGUUUGUUCGUUCGAUGAUGGAACAGUGCACAAGUCAGAAGGUUCCAGAAAUGCCAGCCGAUGUUGUGGGUGCCUUGCUUUUCUUAGAAGACUAUGUUCGUUACACAAAACUUCCACGAAGGGUUGUAGAAGCCCAUGUACCUAAUUUCAUUUUUGAUGAGUUCCGAACAGUUCUCUGAACUUCAGAACAGACUACAGCCCUGGAUGGAUAUAUCCAAUCAAGAGAAGACAGAUAAGGUUUAAGAAUGAAGCUAAAACUUCAAAACUGUUUAAUAUUUUUUCUGACUCGCAGAUUAUUGGUGCAUGAACUGAAAACAAUACACUAAUCCCUUACGACUAAUCCUUCUCCAAAAUCAUGCCAUUGUUCUCAAUUGAGUACUUGAUACUAGCAAAUUCUAUUUAACCUGAAACCUUAUAUAUAAUCCCACAUGUACAAAAAAUUAACUUUAUGUUCUAAGAAAUAUGUUGACAUACAUAAGGUAACUUUUUGUAUAGAAAUUAAAAUGAUACUAAAAUAAGA